ACAAAAUUCUUUUCUUCUUGGGAAAAUAAAUAUGGAGACAAAGCUUACAAGAACCAACAAAAUAUUGUUCCUUUCUUUUCUUUUCCUCACAAAUGCAUUCAUUGCAACAUGUCAUGAAGUUGAUGAUGAAAGUGAGUUUAGUUAUGAUAGAGAGAGUGAAAAUGGACCAACACAUUGGGGUGAAAUUCAUCCAGAAUGGAAAAUGUGUAACUCUGGAAAAUUGCAAUCUCCAAUUGAUCUUUUGAAUGAGAGAGUUGAAGUUGUUUCUCAUUUGGGAAGACUUCAUAGAAGCUACAAAACAUCAUCCUAUGCUACUCUCUUGAAUAGAGGACAUGAUAUGAUGUUAAGAUGGGAAGGUGGAGCUGGACAUAUUAAAAUAAAUGGAACUAAAUAUCAACUCAAUCAAGCUCAUUGGCAUUCACCUUCUGAACAUACCAUCAAUGGAAGAAGAUUUGAUUUGGAGGUUCAUUUGGUACAUGAAAGUGAAGAUGGAAAGACUGCAGUUGUUGGAAUAAUGUACAAAAUUGGAAGAGCUGAUCCCUUCUUGUCUAUGAUUGAGAGUGAUUUGAAAGCUCUAGCACAUACAAAAAAUGUGGAGAGAAAUAUAGGAGUAAUUGAUCCAAAAAAGGUGAAAUUGGGUAGCAGAAAAUAUUAUAGAUAUAUUGGCUCUUUGACUGUUCCUCCUUGCACUCAAGAUGUUGUAUGGACUAUUGUAAGAAAGGUGAGGACUGUUACAAAAGAACAAAUGAAGCUAAUUCGUGAAGCAGUUCAUGAUGAAUCUGAGACAAAUUCAAGACCAGUCCAAGCAACAAACAAACGAACAAUUCAACUCUAUAGACCAAAUGAUCCUAAAGAAUAAUUGAUUAUAUUCUACAAUAUAAUCUCAAAAAUAAAAUAUAUUUCUAUAUUCUAGUUAUAAUAAUUAUGAUGAUUUUGUUUAUUGUACCAAAAAAAUAA